UACGUAGGUCGCUGAUGCUUUCCUAAAUAAACGUUCUGAAUUUGCCAAUUAUCGUGGUUUUAAAGGGAGUAAUAAGAAUGAAUGAAUGCCUUGGAUUAUACAAGACUUAUCGAGUCGUUGAGUAUAGGUAGGUACCUACCUAACCUCAGGUACCUAGGAUAGGGGUUUCCAAUGAUCCCCUCCCCUCCUAUGGAUUACAUACAUCAGAUAUCAGAUACAUGUCCUACCUCAACAUUACCUAAUCUACCGCUUAUCCUGCCACUCGUUUGGAUAACAAGGCAAGUACUUCCAAUGUCUGCUGGAAAGCGCAGUUGUUGUUAUACUCAAAUGUGGGGAGCAAAGGGGUGGUUCAAAAAGGGGAGCUGCUCGGAAAGUACAACUGCCAGUCAAGCCUCCUUCUCGGUCCAGCCAUACCAUAAUUCCCUAUUCCUGUUCAACCUCUCAUUUCUUCUCGUCACUUCAAAGCUACGUGGUUUACUUGAACUCUUAUCACUGAAUCGGUGCUGAUAAUAAAUUAAUUAGCUACAGAGGCCAACACAAUACAGUUUAAUAAAGUAAAUAUAUAUUCCACUUCAUAUCAUUAGGUACCUCUUAUUAUAAGACCAUGCGUACCGCAGAAGAAACGCAGAAGCUUGUCAACGCUGCCAAACUUGAGGACAAGCUUCGACAGCCGGGGAACCAACUCAACGCCGUGAGACUCCUACAGGCGCUUACCGUCAAGGAGGUCUUCGAGGCGAAGAGGCAGUUGGACUUGAUCGAGGAAAGGUUCUGCAAACUCCAAGAAGCCAACGCGGCGGAGGGUGUCCGCAGCGAAGGCCUCGAAAAGCAAAUCGUCGAGAUUCGGAGGGAUAAGGAAAUGCUUCGCUCGUUUCUAUCCGAAGCAGAAGCCGCGACACGGAAUAUCAAGGACGGUCUAGAGAGCCUCCGAUCGAAAGUCAGCGACGAGUGCUUCAAGUUUACGGCGGAUAAUGUCAGGUUCGGCAAGGAUAUCAAGACCCUGAGCAAGCAGAUAGAUCGCGACCAUGAGAAGCUAGGCCGCGUCGAGGAAGACCUCGAAAACGUUCGUGCGAGCUUGCCCAAGACCCAGGAUCUUGCCGCGCUCAACGACACCCUCGCUCGUCUCGAGCCCAUGGUGAAAUCCAUGUACGACAAGCUAGAUAGAGUCGCCACGCUCACGUUUCGCGAGAAGCAAGCUUUGACAGACGCUAUUAGCGAGCAAGCUCAUGUCCGCAAUUUCCUCGACGCGUUCAUCCCGAAACAGGACGACUUUUUCCAAUUCCUUAACAAGCUUCACGAAGCGAACUCUCAAGCGGCAGUAUCGUCUGAAUCCCUCCUCAACGGCGCCGUCAACGAAGCCAGUUUCGCCCAGUUAUCCCACCCGCUGCCGCCGCCGUCCUCGGGCCUUCCCCAACCGCCCCUCAAGGCGACCCAGAUGCUCGAGCAGUACAACCACUUCAGCAGCUCGUACCGCAUCAAGCGCCCCAAGAGCGAGGCCCGCUUCGUCCGCCAGUUCCUCAAGAAGCUCGACCCCCGCGCCGCCGCGUACAUGCAGCGCAAGCUCCGCCAGGAAUACCCCGACCUGGCCCGCCUGCUCCCCCGCGCCGAGACGAGCCCCAAGACCGCCGUCGUCUUCUCCGUCGACGUCGGUAACUUGCGCUGGGAGCACGUCAAGACGGUCAUGAGGAGGAUCGAUGGGAAGGAGCUGUUUAGUCUCUUGGAGGCGGACUGACUAGGAGAGUAGGACGCGGGCCUGUGCUUGUGCCUGUGCCGGACAGAUAAAUAAAUAAAUAAAUAAUCCAGAAUGGCGACGAUGCAUGGCAGGGUUUGCUGGAAUGCUAUAGUAGCUAUGCUAGUCAGUCGAGCACUGAUCUAUAAAUUAGGUACCUAAGGUAGGUAGCUGUCCAUACUUGUAUGAGAAACCUGAUACUGUAUGAGAGUCGGAUUCCCAAUAGAUAAAUAUUUACACAAUUCCUGUGAGUGGUAAUACCACUCAUGUCAGAUAGACUGUAAUAGCAAUUGUGCUAUUAACAAAUACACUUUUGGCUCAGCGGUGUGUCUGUCAAU